UAUUUUUUAUUGGAGAGCAAAAAAAUCUUUUUUAUUUUUUAAAAUGCAUCGCGAUGCCCUCAAAAAGCUUUUUAACAAGUUCAAGAAAGAUGAACUUAUAGACGUUUUAUUAGAUAGAGGAUUUUUAGACGAAGGUUUUCAAAGAACAACUGCAACAAAAUCAGCAAGCGUCAGUCGAAUUUUAAAACUCCUGUGCGAAAAGUUGUCCGAUAAACAAGUUGCCGUAUUGGAUUUGAUUUAUCACCAACUUCACCCUAAAACCAAGGAAUGGGAUGUCUUUUUAUUGUCAGGGUUUGAUCCUGAGAGAGCUAGAGGCAGUGGAUUAACAGAUCCCAAGAACUUUGAAACCCAAAUCUGCUCAAAACUACAGCUAUACUUUAAUGUGGAUGUUUGUGUCCAGCUUUACAACAAUGCACUGUGGAUCCAUCUGGCGUUCUUAGAAAAUAAAACUUCACAAUCCACAUUUAAGGAUAAGGUAUAUCUUGUCUACUAUCCCCUCUCACCCUACAUUAUGGUAACGAAGAUGAAAGCAGCUUACAAGCAGUACAUCUUACAGGCUGUAACUGAUGUUCUUGGUUGUACGGAACUUAAGCAACAGAAAUUAUCAGGAAAAGAUGUCCAGUCCUUGGCAGAUUUGUUGCUGAACAAAAAGAGCCAGGGUUAUUUCAGUGAAUUCAGGCUAAAGAAAAUGGAUUCCAAUCCUCUAUGUCAAGAAAACUCUGCAAGACGAAAGAGGAGACAUUCUGGUGAAAAAGUAAUCGUUGAGUCUGAAAUAACAGAAGAAAAUAAAGAAGAAAUUGGGGAAAAAGACAAAUGGAUGAAGAAUGCUUUUGGUUCAUGUGAUCAGCCUGUUUUGGAGAAAGUAAAAUUUACCAUGGAGACUAGAUUUAAGGGAUCAAAAGAACAAGACAUCACCAAAAACCCCUUUAAAUGCACAGUCAAGUUCGAGGGCCCAAGUGUGAUUGAAGGAAUCAAGAAUCUUGGCAAAACAGGAGCUGCAGAUGUCCCUCUUCCUUCACAUCUGUCUACCAUACAUUCACAGCAAAGAAAUCAUUUCAUCUUAAAGGACAGGAAAAGACCUAGGGAAAUGGACUCCUUGAAAGUAUCUCAGCUCUAAAUCAUUUGGAGAACUAGUGAAGAGGCGAAGCUGAGUGAUAGGUAUAUUUAUUUGCUCAUGUCCCGCCCACAAAGAUGAUUGGCAGCUAGAGGAAAAAACAAAAUCCAACCAAAGUUUUGAAAUAGUGGGUCGCCAUAUACAGUAAUUUUCACUGUAACAGCAAUCAACAAUCAAUAUUGCCCUAUUUCAUUAUGACUAUAAAUGCACAAUCUACAGCGUUUUCACUCACAUGAGAAGACAGCCAUGUUGAAGAACAAAAACGUUCUGCAUAGUUUUUGCAUAAAAUAGAGUUCAAUUCCUGGAGUAUAGAAAAUGUAUAGAUUUUGGUACAGCACCAACAUGGUUGCUGCAAUGUCACUUGAUAAUGCUCCAUUACACAUGUACUUCAUUGUUACCCUGUAAUGAAUUUUAAUUGCAAAUCAAGGUCCCUUUCCUAUGGUCUGUACUCUUGUCGAAUAUGGAAUGAUGUCAGCAUAUGAUCCAAACUCUAGUGGAACCAUGAGUGCAGCGAGAUCAUAUACUGACGCCAUUGCAUGUUCGAUAAGUUAGUCAGAGUAGACCAUAGAAAAGGGACCUCAAUUUUGUUUACCACAAAAAAUUCACUAACAAGCAUUUUUUCAACGUUUUUUAGUGAUCAAAACAACCAAAAAAAGGGCACUUGUUGACAUCGGCUUAUUUGUCUGUCCUCUUAUCGAUUGCAAAAAAUAGCCAAUCAGCAUGCGAGAAAUUAACAAUUAUUAUUUGUGGUUAAAAGUAAAAAAUUUUAAGGACUGUUCUAAGCUGAAGUCUUAAAAUACUUCAUUAAAAUUUUUAUACUUUUUAAUUUUUGAUUGAUUGACAU